AUGGGUGGCCGAAAAGAUACUACGAAGGCCCAGGCCGAAGUGUCCCGCGGCCGAUCCAAAGAGAAGAAAGAGAAGAAGGAGAAAAAGGAAAAGGACCAACCCGCCCAAGUCAAGACAGGAGCCCCCCCAAAGCGAAAGGCCCCGAGCGCCCAGAGCAGCGUCAAAGAGACGGGGAAGCAGCCUAAGGUUGCUGCCGGCACGGACGCCGCUGCAAGCCAUAGGAUCCGCGGCAAGUCGUCGCCCCCCGUGACCCAGACACCUACGGACAAGAAAGAGAAGAAGGAGAAGCCAGAAAAGAAAGAGAAGAAGGAGAAACCAGAAAAGAAGGAGAAGAAGGAGAAGCACUCCAAGGACGACGUCAAGAAAGAUGGCACCGCCAAGGACUUACUGGCUUCGUUCGAGCAGGCAUCGCCGGAGGAGAAAGCGGCACGCAGUCGACAGGUUCAAGAGCUGCUAGAUCAGAUCGAAGAUUCCGAGAGCGGGUCCGAGGAAGCCUCGGAUGCUGAGGAGCUGGGGGAUGAUCAGACAGAGAACCUCGAGGAGGCAGACGGUGAGGACAGUGGAGAGGAGGGGGACGGGUCCUCCGGCUCUGAAGACUCCUCCAGCAGCUCGGAAAGCGAUUCGGAUGCCAGCAUCGCCGGGGCGGAUGGGAGUCAGGCUGCCUCAAAGGCACCCUCGACAGCCGAAGCGGAGCUCUCGAAUGCGGCGGCGGUUGCUGAGGAAACGACCCGGCGGAACAGUGCGACCAACAAGAAAGAGUGGGACACCUUUUCUCGACAGUGUCAAGACCGCAAAAAGUUCCCGAUCGCCCUCGGCUCCCACCUCACACGUGACAAAGUGGACCUCUUCAACUUGUGGCUGGACAACAACCAAGACCUUCACAAGGUGGCCAUUGUGGUCGAGCGUGAAGUCGAGAACAAGAACACAGCACGCGCGGGCUUCGAUUCUGCAAAGGCCAGAGACCUUCUCCUCAAGUAUGGGGAGGAGAAAGGCAAGAAGCUGGUUGAAGGCUUGAAGAGCAAGGGGCGCUGGUAUUGGGAUCCAGAGUUUCCACAGGAUGAGGAGGAGAUUUAUUACUACACGUCUGCCCCGCGGAGCAUUCUCAAUGAGAACUCCACUGCCAACAGGAUGAAGUUGCGGGGCAACGAGACGAAUCCCGAUGCCGGCCUCCUUGCUGCCAUGACUGGCGAGCAGGGACCGCUCGCUUCCGGGGCAUUGCCUGCCUUGGAGACAGACGGUGCGGACGGCGAGAGGGCUUUGGCAGAGGCUUUGAGCGGCAAGGUUUCCAAGACGAAGCCCCCCAAGAAGGCUCGUACCGACACUACGGAAAAGAUUGUGCCAACGAGUGACAAGGAGCGCGCGGACGCUGCCUUGCAGGAUAUCUUGAAGGAUGGUGGGGCUGCCAGAAAACUGGCCCUGGGAUUGAAGCAUGUGGAGUACGGGGACAAGUUGAAGGAUGAGUUGUUUGACUUCUCCACGAAGAUGGAAGAGCUUUACAACUCCCUUCAGAAGCUUCUCCUCAAGAAGCAUGUCAAGGACCGCAAAUUCACCCCCUAUUUGGCCGACCUCGACAUGAAGAACGCAUGGUUCAAACAGGCUGAGGCCCAACUUUCCGGGUAUAUGGGGUUAUAG